ACUAAUCUUGUUUCUGAAGAAGUUGUCUGAUGCAUGGCCUUGAACCGUAGUUUUAUGAAGUGCAAAUUCUAAAGAAAAGGACUACCUAAAGCUAGUAGUUAUAGAUGGUUUCAGCUUAUUGGUCACGAAAACAAGAAGACAAUUUCAUGUUGGCGUACUGUGUAGUUGCAGUUGAGGCUCUUGGUCGACAAGUUCCUAUUGCCUUCCUUGAGCGAAUCAAGGAGGAUUUUACCAAUAGAUAUGGUGGAGGAAAAGCUGCAACAGCAGUUGCAAAUAGUCUGAACAAGGAAUUUGGGUCUAAGCUGAAGGAGCAUAUGCAAUAUUGUGUGGAUCACCCCGAGGAGAUCAGCAAACUUGCUAAAGUGAAAGCUCAGGUCUCGGAAGUGAAAGGAGUUAUGAUGGAAAAUAUUGAAAAGGUUCUUGAUCGUGGGGAAAAGAUAGAACUUCUGGUGGACAAAACAGAGAACCUCCGCUCACAGGCACAAGAUUUCAGGCAGCAGGGAACCCAGAUGAGGAGGAAGAUGUGGUUACAGAACAUGAAGAUCAAGCUGAUAGUUUUGGGAAUCUUAAUCGCCUUGAUUCUCAUUAUUGUUCUAUCUGUUUGCAAUGGUUUCAAGUGUUGAUGAAUGCUUAGGACUCUUUUGAGGAAUUUGGUGGAGUUUCUACUGCUGUUAUCUACAGUGCCGGUCUAUGUCUUACUAUUUUUGGUUACACACUCCACCGUCUGGCAUAAUUCCUAUUUUAAAAGACAGCUUGUAUAGUUUGUAUCCGUGAAUUCUUUUCUAUAUUAGUCUCUUGGAUGUGUGAAUGGUUUUCGAUUCCCUUUGUUCCUUUGAACUUGUGUUGUAGCAAAAAGAAAUGGUAAAUCAUUGUGAUUGGUUUCAGAUUUGUUAUUCAACCAUAGCAGGUUGAUCAUAGGAAGUUUCAGUUGCAUCACUUGUGCUUUGUAAAACCCCAAAAAGAGGUGUAAGUCACCAAACGGGGUUUUUCAACU